GUUACCCUCGCUCUUGCAUGCACCGCUUUAACAACAACAACCACAGCAAAUUAACGAGUUAUUGACAAUGCCUCCAAAAAAGGGCCCCCAGAGGAAGAAAAUACAAGGGCCAGGAAAUAAAGCUGGUGUCAAAGCUAAGGACGGCUAUGACAAGACUGCUGCCUUACGAGGCCCCAUGAGGAGCCUGGAGGAACCCGAUGUGGAAGUGAAACCUGACAUAAUGGACCCACUGCAGGCCUUCAAAACAUUCUAUAAGGAAAAUAAUCUAAUAGAGGAAAUAGAAUGGAAAAAUUUCCUGGACCACUGCAUCAAGCCGAUGCCGAUGUCAUUUCGACUGGUUGAGAGUUACCACCUGUGCCCCUCGCAUAUAGACACCGUCCCAGGCAUACCCAGUCGAGCACAGACACUUCUGCAGUUCAUGAAAAAGAAGCUUGUGGAGACACUGUGCAAAAUAACUGUCAAUGCUUCAACCAAUGUGUCUCUGUCCCCCUUGACAUGGUACCCUAAUGAGCUGGGUUGGUUUCUUAAUAUCCCUCGUGCCGAUGCUGACAAGUAUUUGGGGCUGAAGAAAUUUACAGAGUUCAUAAAUUCACAGCCGACGCAGUGCCUGGAGACGUGGAGCAUGGUUCCCUCGGUGCUGCUGGAUGUGCAGCCUCAACACUGCGUGCUGGACAUGUGUGCUGCGCCGGGCUUCAUUGCCAGCCAGAUAGCCCAGCGCAUGCACCGCGACCCACAGCAGGCUGCCAACGGGGUGCUGAUCCUCAAUGACCUUUACAAGGCCAAGGAUGGUCUACACCUGCAUUGGACACAGGGCAUCAAGGCUGUGUCCUGCAACUAUGACGCAAAGACCUUCCCUGAUCUGUAUCUCACAGACAAGAAAUCCUUCAGCGAUAGGUUGCAGUAUGAUCAUGUCAUAUGCGAUGUCAAAUGCAGUAUGGAUGGCAUAAUGAGGAAGAACACUGGUCUACAGGACAACUGGAAACCCAAGUCAGCAUUGUAUCUUCACAGUGACCAGAAGGCCAUUAUGAAGCGUGCCCUUGAGCUGGUGAAGGUCAAAGGUUAUGUCCUAUACUCCACCACCUCUAUGAACCCUAUUGAGAAUGAGGCUGUCGUCAUGGCGAUUUUAGAAGAAUGUGCAGGUUCAGUGGUGCUGGCCGACUGUAGACCAAGAUUACAGGGCUUCAAAUUCAGGCCAGGACUCACCACAUGGAAGGUAAUGUCUGAAGAAGGUCUGAUUCUGGAAAGCUUUGAGCAGGCAGGCGUCGGGUUUCAAGGCACGUUCCCCACGUCUGUGUUCCCUCCUCCAAUAAAGGAGGCUAUGGCUUACCACAUGGAGAGAUGUAUCCGAGUAUUGCCCCAUGACAAUAACACAGCAGGCUUCUUCUGUGCAGUGUUUGUAAAGACCACAGAACUCAGUUGGAUACAAGCCAAAGUGAAAGAAGAGAAGCUAAAAGAAGAGGAGAAGCUGAAAGAAGAGAAGAAGCUGAAAGAUGAGAAGCAAAAUGAGGAAGCAAAAGCCAAGGAAACAGCUGAGCCAGAAAAUCAAACUGAUAAACCAGUCUCUAAGACUGCGCCCAAGAAGCUGCUGUGUCAGAUUUCAUGUGACCAGAUAGAGUGGAUUACGGAGACCACUGACCAAUCACUGAGGACGACAGUGAAGACGGUUACCAAGACCUUUCCACGCCCUCCACCCAUGCUGGAUCCCAACUAUGUUGCACCAAAGCCACCACAACUCUUGGCUUCAUUUAGAGAUCCACUUGCUUUUCUUGAAAAGUAUGAUGAACAAUGGUUGACAAUCAAAGAGUUUUUCAAGAUUAAUGACACAUGGGAUCCCACAUGUCUGAAGUUCAGUGGAGAAAACGAGCUGUACCACUCUACAAAGACCAUCAAGACCCUGGUGCAGUAUAACAAGAACAACUUCAUCAAGAACUUUGGAAAGCAGUUUGGGGUUAAGUUUUUCUACGAGCUCCCUUAUGUUCCAUUUGAAGUGAAGUCACCAUGCCCCGUCAUGAUGACAAAUGAGGCGCUGGGACUGCUGUACCCAUUCAUUGGCCGCCAGCUUGUGAACAUCGACCGUGACGACCUACUUAGACUGGCGUACUAUGAGACAGUGAAGAUAACCAGUCUGAGUACACAGGCGCAAACUGACAUUGCGGCCACAGAUCAGGGUUGUAUCCUGUUUAUCUACAAACCCAAGAACAUCCAUAGUGUGCCAUUGUGUAACAUAGCCUUGUGUGGUGUGCAUAAUGAGGAGUUGUGUAUGUACUCACCGCUGCAGCGUGAGGAGAGAGCUCUGUUCCUUCUGGCAGGCAUGGACAGAGAGGACUAUGAACGCCGUCUCACUGAAGAGAAGCUGGCAAAGAUAAUGGCCAAGGAUGCAGCCAUGGACACGUCAUAGCUCCAGGAAAGCACGGUGACAUAGCUUUGAACAAUACCUUUGUAUCCACUCAGAAACUGAGUUGUUUGAACAAUAUGUGUUCAGAGUGUUUGACAUACACAUACAGUUAUAGUGGAACAUUGACAUUAAGAGUGUGCACAUUUCUUUGACAUUUUUAUGGAUCUGUUUUUGGAAUUAACUAUAGGUGUUUGUAUAACUGUGACACAGAGUCAAGUCCAAGUAUUUCACAUCUUUGAAAUGUAUUGUUGCAUGAUACUGUAAAAGAAAAUCUAAAAAAGAAAAGAUUUUUGUAUUUAAAUUGUGGUAUUGUUUGUUGUAUCUUUGUUACAGAACCGGAUGUUUAAGAAAAACAUUUUCAGUUUGUAUUGUUGAUAAAUAAUUAUGAUCAAAUAUAAGAAGAAUUAAGGGACACUGUAUCUGUGACAUUGAGAUUUAUGUUGAUCAAACUGUUUAUUUCCAUUGUUGUUAAAGUCUUAUAAUGCUUAUCAUGAUAUAGAGGUCAGAAUGUCAGUUAACUGUAUUUGCAUGUGUUUCCUUAAUUCCUAUCUUAUCUGGACAGUAAAAGUGUUAUUCUUCGGGCAAUAUCAAAUAACUUGCCACUAAUCAUCAUGAACAGACAGUGAUUCUGCAGGACCUCGCUCCCAAGCUCAAAGGUCAAGGUUAAAUGGGGAGGUCAAAGGUCAAUUAUGUAAAAAAAAAGCUUGUCUGCAGUACAACUUCAUCAUUCAUCUGGCUUUUUAACCCUUUGCAUGCUGGGAAAUUUGUCGUCUGCUAAAAUAUUGUCUGCUGAAUUUCUAAAAUUAGCAUUUUCUUCGAUUUUUUUCAAUGAAUACUAUAAAAAUAGCAAAUGGUUUGGAUCCUGAUGAGACGCCACAUUCUGUGGCGUCUCAUCUGGAUCCAAACUGUUUGCAAAGACCUUUAAAAUUCGGUUCCCGCACUUAAAGGGUUAAAAAUUACGUGCACACAUGAUCACUGAAAUAAGGCCAUUGUCUCUGGCUCAAUGAUCAAAAUCAGACUUAGGUCAAAGGUCAUUAAUGGGCAUAACACAGCUAAUUAGGACAUAAACUUAACAUGCAAUUUAGAAAUAAUUUGAACAAGUUACUGGUGACAGUCUGUCCUGUACAAGGCUCGUUUCCCUCAAAGGUCAAUGUUACACUUAGAUCAAAGGCACAGCUUGACAUGGACUGAAACUAAAUUUUUCAAUUUUAAAAUAAAUUGUCACAAAUGAUAAGCAUUUGCAGAGAGCAUGGUUUUUGUUUAAUGUGACCAUAGCGCAAAGGUAAAACUUAUAGGUCAAAUGUUUCUCAAGCUCAGAGGUCAAGGUAAAAUAUGGGCUCAACUUUUCUAGACUGGAACUUCAUAGAAAAUUUGAUUUUUUUAAUAAUAAGAAGCGUUCUUAUCAACAUGCUCGACACGUUACUGGCAGGCAUCAAGUGGAUGAAAUUCAUACAUUUCAAAUGUAUAUUGUGCAUCAAUUAAUGUCUUAAACUAAAUCAUUUUUGAAACACCUUGUUUAAUUUUGUUAAUCAAUUGAACUUUUUUAAAAUGGUUCAAAAUAAGUACUGUUUCAUUGAUGAUAUAUUGCAACCAAAUUGUUUAUUUUUCUAUCGAACAAACAUUGUUUGGACAUUUCUUUCUAUAAUGCAACAUCUUUUUCAUCCUCGAUUAAAUAUACUUUUUAGCAUAAA